GAAAUAAAUAUGGUUAGAUUUAGACAUUAGAGAGAGAAAACGAAGAUUCUAAGUGCAACAAUUGCAAGUAAAUAGAUUUAAUGAUUUAAUUAGUAUACAAAGAGAGAGAGAGAGAGAAAUAUAAACUUAUUCGACAAAUUCAAGAACAAACAAACGUUGAUAUAUGUUUACUUGUUUAUAAAUAUUGUUUUAUGAGAUAAAUGAAGCAGAAAUUAAAAGAGAAAAUUCAAGAAGAAAUUAUUUCUUUGCUUUGAAUCACUCAGCGAUUUAUAUAGCUAUAAACUAAAAAGAUAUAUCUUUUUAACCUAAAAAUGUUACAAGCUUCCAAGAAUGUGGCACGUCUUUUACUUUCCUCAUGGCAAUCUGUAUCUAUAACACCAGUAGCUGGUUUAAAGAUCUUUCGUCCGCCAAUAAAAUUUGGCGAUAUUGAAUUUCCGGAGCGAGCAAAACUCAAGAUAGUGGAAAGAGUUCCACAAUUUCCACCAGGAGUACGUGCUCCCAAAAUGCAAAAGCGACUAAGGUACUUACGAGGGCCAGAAAGUACACAUAAUUUCCUUAUGUACAGGCAAUUUGGUAUCAUUGCUACAGGAGGAGGUAGAUUGAAAUAUGGUCAUUUCGAGAUGAUACGUUUAACAAUUGGUAGAAAACUCGAUCAGCAAAGGAUGUUUGCAAUUUGGCGUGUGGAUCCACCAUGGCAACCAAUUACAAAAAAGGGACAAGGACAUCGUAUGGGUGGAGGUAAAGGUUCUAUUGACCAUUAUGUCACUCCUAUUAAAGCAGGACGAGUCAUUAUAGAAGUUGGUGGCCAUUGUGAAUAUUUUGAGUUAGAAAAAGUAUUAAACCAAAUAGCAAAUCAACUACCGUUCAAAGCCAAAGCUAUCAGUCAAGAAAUUCUAGAUAAAAAUGUAGCUAAAGAGAAAUGGUUGGAAGAAAACAAUCUGCAUCUUUGGACUUGGAAAUACAUGGUUCAGAAUAACAUGCUUGGUUGCCAAAGAUGGAUAUCACCGGUUGAUAAAUUAUGGUUUAAUAAAUAUUUGUAAAUAACAAAAAUAUAUUUG